AUGGAUCAACCUGUUCAUAAUCAAGAUCAAGAAUAUAUUACAAUCGAAGACGAUGAAAUUACUAAGCCGGAUUCCGAUUCCGAAUCAAAUAUCAAAGUAGCUGUUCCCAGUUACUGGCAAUCUGGAAUUUUCAGAAACAACAACCAGUUGAUGUUGCGUAGAGUUGAGAAAGGAACCAGUGAAUACGUGAAUGUCGCGAGGAGUUUUAUCAAUGGGAUGAGGAAUUUCGAGAACCAUGUUGACGUCGUUGCUAUUCACCGGAAAAAUUAUAAAUGGAGUGUGAUGGAUGAGGCUCGCGUGGAGGCGUUUAGGCGUUUUGCGACGGCAGUUGCCAAUAGAAACGGCGGAGAUCCGAACAUAAGGUUUGGUUGGUACGGCGGUUUUCGUGAAGAGAUUCGUGACAUUUUGUGUUAUGGAUUUCGUCGAUUGGAAAACAGUUCGUCAUCUUAUGGCCGCGGUGUUUACUUCUCUCCGGUGAAUAAUUCAAAUGCGAGUCAAAAAUCGAUAAUAGCUGAUUCAGAUGGUGUGAUGCAUGUCUUACUAUGUCGCUUGAUUUUAGGGAAACUCGAACCAAUUCCUUUUGGUUCACAAAUCGAUCAACCGACAUCGGCAGAAUUCAAUUCGGGUGUCGAUGAUCUUUUAUCACCCAAGAGAUACAUCAUUUGGGAACCUUACAUGAACACCUUCGUUCUUCCCCUUUUCAUCGUCGCUUUCAAAGCAAAUUCAUUAAUAGGAGUAAGAAAGGAAAGGUGGCAUGCUAUGAUGAAAAUUCUGAUGAAGAACUUCCCGAAGUAUUUGAGUUCUUCAAAGAUGGCUUAUAUUAAAAAGCAACAUGAUGAUUUAUAUGUAAAGUUUUCCGAUUGA